UAUUCUCAUCUUGCCAAUGUAGGUACGUUUCCUGGAGCAGCAAAACAAGAUGCUGGAGACCAAAUGGAGCCUCCUUCAGAACCAGACGGCCACACGCUCCAACAUCGACGCCAUGUUCGAGGCCUACAUCUCCAAUCUGCGCAGACAGCUCGACAGCCUUGGCAAUGACAAAAUGAAGCUGGAGGCUGACCUGCACAACAUGCAAGGCCUUGUUGAGGACUUCAAAAACAAGUAUGAGGAUGAGAUCAACAAGCGCACAGAGUGUGAGAACGAGUUUGUGCUCAUCAAGAAGGAUGUCGAUGAGGCCUACAUGAAUAAGGUUGAGCUGGAGGCCAAAUUGGAAAGCCUCACUGACGAGAUCAACUUCCUCAGGCAGAUCUUUGAGGAGGAGAUCCGUGAGCUGCAGUCUCAGAUCAAGGACACCUCAGUCGUUGUGGAGAUGGACAACAGCAGGAAUCUCGACAUGGAUGCCAUCGUCGCUGAGGUCCGCGCUCAGUACGAAGAGAUCGCUAACCGAAGCCGGGCUGAGGCUGAGAUGUGGUACAAGUCCAAGUUCGAGGAGAUCCAGACAUCCGCAAGCAAAUAUGGUGAUGACCUUAGAUCAACAAAGACAGAGAUUGCUGAUCUUAACCGCAUGAUUCAGAGACUGCAGUCCGAGAUCGAUUCCGUGAAAGGACAGCGCGCCAAUCUGGAGAACCAGAUCGCAGAGGCAGAGGAA